AUGGUUAGUGCUAAACAAUUGAUUCAAGACAACAAGUUUCUGGUUCUGUCCAAGUCGUGGUGUCCGGACUGCCACUACGCAACGGCGGUUUUCAAGAAAUACGGGGUGCUUGACCAGGUGAAAUUCGUCGAGCUGGACAAAUUGCCAAGCAAUGAGGCUUUGGAGUUGGAAAAACAAUUCACCGCCAUUUCAGGCCGGAAGUGGGUGCCAACGAUCUUCUUCAACGGUGAGGUGUUCGGAACCGAGGCGACAUUGAAACAGCUGGAGUCGCUGGACAAAUUACCAGGCGAGUUUGAAAAAGCAGGGUUGAAAUAG